AUGCGCUCAUUUGUACAGUUUGUGUUGGGACACACGCCGAACUCGAUGACUCAUGAUCUUUCAUCUUCAGCACAGAUUAUUGAUAAUCUUUCGAUACCGAAUAGAAAGGUUCUCUCGCAGAAGGUGUUACGAGUUGCCGCCUUUGCAGCACUUGUAUCGGUUUUAUCGCAUAUUUUCUUACUCGGUGGUUCAAAUUUGCAGAUGGGAGAUAGUUUUUUUGAGAAUAAAGACUAUCAAUAUGGCCAUAUACUAAUGGCAUUCGUCGGUGAGAGGAAGUUUCGUAGCUGGUUCACGAGCUGCUGCUACUUGGUGUCCUUAGACUUGAUGGUCACGGCGUUUCAGGUAAUUGUAUUCUGCGUGAAUUAUAGCAUAAAGUUUGAGUUAUCAGAGAUAUCCAUUACCGAGGAAGCAGGGCCGGUGGAGGAUGGUGUGACGUGUGAAAAUGGUAGAAAGGAAUAUGAUGGGUACCAGGGUGAUGUUCUUGUUUAUAAGUUUGAGCCCUUGAAAGUACUGGAUACCGUUAGAAAGUACACAAAGGAGGAGAUGAUAGAUGUAGGAGCGCAGAAUGUGGAAACUGCGACUAACACGGACUUUGGAUUGCCUGAGAUGCCUGGAGGAUUCACUAUGCGGGACUUCAAUGUGGGAAAUAUGGUAUAA